AGCUGAGGAGGUGACCUCUUAUUCACCAACACCAUCCCUGCAAGUGUCCCAGGCCAGGCUGGACAGGGCUUGCAGCAACCUGGGAUACUGGCAGGUGUCCUUGCCAUGGCAGGGGAUGGAACAAAAAGAGCUUUAAAGUCCUUUCCAACCCAGACAAUUCUGUGAUUCUAAAGCACCUCUCUGAGGGGUCUGUGCCUGUUCAGGGAGGGGUGGAAUGUCCAUGCCUGUGGUGAACAGGCAGCCAGGGCUGAAGGAGAGAGAGAUAAGAGGGUCCUGUGUCCUGGCCUGGCCUGUUAAGGGGCUCACAGGGCUUUUCUUGAUGACCACACCUCACUGCAGAGUGACCACAGCACGGGGACCCCCGGCGGGGACCCCCGCCCGCCCCAGCCAAUGGCCCCGCUGGAGGGGCCGGGCAGGGGCUGGCCCAGGGGAUAAAACCCGGCCCAGGCUCUGGGCUCAGCUCAGCUCCGUGCCCUCCUGCAGCCCAGCAGAGCCUCAGCAUCGUUCAGGGAAGCUUGGGCAACCCCUCUGCCGACACCAUGGUGCACUGGACAGCCGAGGAGAAGCAGCUCAUCACCGGCCUCUGGGGCAAGGUCAACGUGGAGGAGUGCGGCGCCGAGGCCCUGGCCAGGCUGCUGAUCGUCUACCCCUGGACCCAGAGGUUCUUCUCUGACUUCGGGAACCUGUCCAGCCCCACGGCCAUCAUCGGCAACCCCAAGGUGCGUGCCCACGGCAAGAAGGUGCUCACCUCCUUCGGGGAAGCCAUCAAGAACCUGGACAACCUCAAGGGCACCUACUCCAAGCUGUCCGAGCUGCACUGCGACAAGCUGCACGUGGACCCCGAGAACUUCAGGCUCCUGGGUGACAUCCUGGUCAUCGUCCUGGCCGCCCACUUCACCAAGGACUUCACCCCUGCCUGCCAGGCCACGUGGCAGAAGCUGGUGGGGCUGGUGGCCCACGCCCUGGCCCGCAAGUACCACUGAGGCCUCGGGAGGCACCUGUGUCUGUAACGGGCAAUAAAAACCGCCUUUCCUGAA